AUGGAGCCCGCGCCGCUCUUCACAUUCGGUGUCAUAGCCGACAUUCAGUUCGCGGACAUCGACGACGGUUACAAUUUCACGCGGACUCGGAGGCGUUAUUACCGAAGCAGUCUCCAGCUGCUGAAAAACGCCAAGAAAAGCUGGGCCGAGUCCGCCGUCAAGCCGGACUUCAUCCUCCAGCUGGGGGACGUCAUUGACGGCUUCAACAAGGGCCACGGCGCCUCGGAGCGCGCGCUGGACGCGGUGCUGCGCGAGCUCGGCUCGCUCGGCGUGAAGGUGCACCACGUGUGGGGAAACCACGAGUUCUAUAACUUCACCCGGAGCGCGCUGCUGCGUUCAGGGCUCAACAGCAGACAGUCCGACAGCCGCCCGAACGGAGUCCCGCCUGGUCCCGACAUCUACGCCUACCACUUCAGCCCGUUUCCCGGUUUCACUUUCGUUGUUUUGGACGCCUAUGACGUGAGUCUGCUGGGCAGGGAGGAGUCCAGUGAGCAGUAUUGCCAGGCCAUGGAAUUAAUCAAGCUUCACAACAAGAACGAGGACCUCAAUUGUCCACCUGUGUCAGGGGACUAUGAGGAAAGAUUCACCAUGUUCAACGGCGGGUUCAGCAAGAGGCAGCUGGACUGGUUGGAUUCCAUCCUGACCACAUCGGAUGAAAAACAUGAAAGAGUCACGAUUGUCAGUCACCUCCCUGUCCACCCCAACUCUACAGACUCCGUUUGCCUGGCGUGGAACUUCGAUGAGCUCUUGGCCAUCAUCAGAUCCCACAGCAGCGUGGUGGCUUACAUGGCCGGACACGCCCACGACGGCGGCUACUGCCAGGAUAAGGACACAGGGGUCCACCACCUGACCGUGGACGGGGUGAUCGAAACCCCACCCGACAGCGAUGCCUUCGGGACCGUGUCCGUCUACUCGGACAGGAUGGUCCUAAAGGGGAACGGGAGGCUUGUGGAUAGAGUUUUUCACUGGGUCAGCCCACGCCUCGGCUUGUUUGUUGCUCGUCGUAAACGCAAAGCUCUGAAGCUGAAUUUCGCCAACCCUCCAGUGAAACCCAGCUCCAGGCUCCCGAUCAAUCCCACCCCUCCAUCUUUCCAGAACCCUCACAUAGAGCGUCUGCGGACACACAGCAUCGAGUCGUCCGGGAAGCUAAAGAUCUCCCCGGAGCAGCACUGCGACUUCACCGCGGAGGACCUGAGGGACCUCGGGGAGAUCGGCCGCGGGGCGUACGGCUCCGUCAACAACAUGGUCCACAAACCGACGGGCCAGAUCAUGGCUGUAAAGAGGAUUCGCUCCACUGUCGACGAGAAGGAGCAGAAGCAGCUGCUGAUGGACCUGGACGUGGUGAUGAGGAGUAGCGACUGUCCCUACAUUGUCCAGUUCUACGGCGCCCUCUUCAGAGAGGGGGACUGUUGGAUUUGUAUGGAGCUUAUGUCUACCUCACUAGACAAAUUCUACAAAUAUGUAUAUUGUGCAUUAGAUGACGUCAUUCCAGAGGAAAUAUUAGGAAAGAUAACUUUAGCAACUGUUAAAGCACUGAACCACUUAAAAGAAAACUUGAAAAUAAUUCACAGAGACAUUAAACCUUCCAACAUUCUAAUGGACCGUAAGGGUAAUAUCAAACUGUGUGAUUUCGGCAUCAGCGGCCAGCUGGUGGAUUCCAUAGCAAAGACCAGAGAUGCAGGCUGCAGGCCUUACAUGGCGCCAGAAAGAAUAGACCCCAGCGCUUCCAGACAAGGCUACGAUGUCCGGUCCGAUGUGUGGAGCUUGGGAAUCACUCUGUAUGAGCUGGCCACAGGACGCUUCCCCUACCCCAAAUGGAAUAGUGUUUUUGACCAGCUGACCCAGGUGGUGAAAGGAGAGCCUCCACAGCUCAGCAACUCAGAGGAGAGGCAGUUCUCCCCAAAAUUCAUUAACUUUGUUAACCUAUGCCUUACAAAAGAAGAAUCAAAAAGGCCAAAGUACAAGGAGCUUCUGAGACACCCCUUUAUCCUGAUGUAUGAGGAGCGCUUUGUGGACGUCGCCAACUAUGUGUGUCGCAUCCUGGAUCAGUUCCCAGCCUCCCCCAUCUCCCCCAUGUAUGUGGACUGA